AUGCGAUUUUAUUGUGAAGCAAUAGAGGAGAAGGAAGAUUCUAGAAAAUAUCGUAAAUUUCUAACAGAUCGCGAAAGAAUGAUCGGUGAAGAGCUAUUGCAUUGUGAUAUUCUAAAGUACCAGUCAAGCACUGCAUGGCUUGAUAAUCUUAUGAAAGAAUGGGAAAAAACCUAUACCCAAUUUAUACAAGUUUUCAGUCAGGCUUUUCUGGCCCAAAUAUCAAGAAUAGACGAGAGAACCCUUAUAUUAUCUUUCUAUCUGGCAGACACUUGCGAAGUGCUUAACGGCUGGGCUGAUCAAAUCAAGUCUUCUUGUAGAUUAGCCAUAUCUGGUAGUAUAGAUUCUCGUGAUAUUUUGGCUGAAGACGCUCAGACACCAGACAGUAUAGGGAUAUAUUACGAAGAAUAUCCUUAG